AUGAGUUACCGUGGCCAGUCGGUAUACGUCCUUCCUGCAGUUGCAGCCUCAGUAGCCCAGGACCACGGCAUCAGCAGCAGCAAGGGCAGGAACAGGGAAGCCCCAAAUUUGUACAUUCGUCGCACGGCAUUCUAUGGCGAGAGCGGUGGCAAAGACAAUACAACAGCGCAGACAGCGCGGCGUGUAGAGGCGCGCAACGACUUUGCACAACGACACCGCAGGUAUGCUUCGAGGCAGCGGGACAGCAAGCAGCGAAACCCAUUACGGCAAAGCGGAGACACAGCCAGUGCAGGCUUGUCGCUAGUAAUAGAAGGCAGACGGGCGGUACCUUCGCGUGGAGUGGUGACUCCAGCGGGGCAUGUUGCAGUGCUGGAGGCAACGAGCACAACUCAAGCUUCUACGACAGAAGCAAGAGCACUCCCUUCAGCAAAAGAAAUUGAAUGCAUUCAAACUGCGCAAUUUUCCCGCGUGAUCACCUGCUCUAGACGUGAGGGCCGAAGUGGGGGAGUCACAGCAGCAGCGGAGAGAAUGGCAUCAGUACGUGAGGUCCUGCGAUCAGCAACAACACCUGUAACAGAAGCCGUUGCCGCAGAAACAGGGAGGAAAGCAACGCAACAGCGGAAAACGGACAGCAGCGACAGCAGUGAAAGCAGAGAAAGGCGUCAAAGCAUACUUGGCGGUGACACUCCGCAGCGUAUAAUCAGUAGAGUCCUCUCUCGUGUACGGAGGCAUGUCGCAGCUCGAUUUAGCAGCAUUGAAAGUAGCAGCAGCAACGAUGAAGCCAGCAACGGCAGCGACUCGAGAGAAUGGCAGAGUAUCUGCAGAACAUUGCGGAACAGCAGUGUCAGCCGGACGCAGGGAAUAAAGGGCAAAACCAGAGCGAGCAACUCCAGACAGAGGACCAGCAAGGCGCACUCAAGGAGGCGCAGUACUGCCACGAAAGUACUUCACUACAGCAGCAGCAAUAGCAGCAUCAGAGGCAGGAGCAGCGGCAGCAUCGGCGGAGAAUAUAAUCAUAGGCAUUUCGCUGAUGCGACUGCCUUGGGUGAUGAGGGCAAGCGGAUAGGACGCAGCAGGAAACUUAACCGCGGCGCGAUAAAGAUAAGAGAUCGCAGCAGCAGCAGCAAUCACAGCAGCAGCAACACCAGCAGUAACUGCGGACAGGUGAGAAGGAAAAAGGAGUCGGCAGCCCUUCGUAACAGUCUAAUCGAGCCCAAGUCACUCCUGCCGAAUCCGGCUCAUAAGACACUGUUGCCUGCAAAUCAACAGCUUUUCGACGACCAGCUGCUGCAAACUACUCCCAGCGAAAAUUGUAGUAGCAUGGGAGACUCGCUGAUUAGCCAGUGGCUAAACUAUUCUUCAGCGCUUAUCGUUGAGGAUGAGUCUUCUGACCUGGCCGAUCUUCCCCAACACUUGUGUGUUUCCGCGUGCACUCCUUUCCAGACACCUGCCUUCAAUAUCAGACCAAGAUCAAGACCAGCAGAGGCAACAGGAAAAAAACGUUGGGCGCAAAUUGUCCACGAGCCUGUUGCCGUCAAUCCGGAAGAUAAAGAGUUUAUUUUGCGCUCGAAGCCUGAGGAGGUCAUAGCCCGCAUCAAACAGCGUUUAGGAUUUCUCAGCAGCAGCGGCAGCAGCAGGUGCCACUAUUGCUGCAGUACGCGUCUUUCUUCGUAUGGUUGGCGAAGAGCAGCUUCAGGGCCUUGUAGCGGAGCUCCUUUUUCAUGGGACUCAGGUCGACCACUAUGCUGCUCACAGGAACAGGAGGAGGCCACGCAGUCGUGCUCUGCUGCAGAGGAAGAGGACACCAGCGGGCAACAGCAGCAGCAGCAGCGGGAACAGCAGCAGCGAGAGGAAGACCAGGAGAAACUUAGUUUAGGGUUAAUGACAUCUUUUCCAGGCCGCCAGUGGCUCCCAAGUCUUACCGUCAGCGCCCUUGAGCAUUCUGGCGUAGGCGCCGUCCACGAGAACGAACCACUUCAGCGGCAGCAACAGCAGCAACAGCAGCAGCUGGCGGAGAAACGAUUGAAACGUACUCUGCACAUUUCCAAAAAGCAGGUGGCAGCUUGGAAAGCUGCAAGCCAAUCCCCACUUCCUAAACUUGAUGCCAGUUGGGCUGCUGCUGAUUCAAGAGUGGCAGCCGCAGAAACAGCAGAUGCUGCAGCACAAGGGAAAACACUUCCCCUUAGUGACAGCCUUCUCUUCCGCCUAUCACCUGACUCAUCUUGCUGCCCAGUCUCUUCUUCGGAAUUCACGGUCGAUGCUUCGCCUAAUCGGCAGCAACUGCAGCAACAGCAGCUACGACAGCAGCUGCAGCAGGUAUGCCCAGAAUAUAGCAGCGAAGAUGAAGGUACGUGCAGUCGAGCGUCGCCAGAAUACGUGCAGCAGCAUCAAGAGCAGCAGAAGCCGCAACAACCCCCAGACCACUCCAGUUACGCAAAGCAACUGCGACGCUGUCCGCAGCAGGAAGGAUCUCCACACCAGCAGCAGCAACAGCAGCACAACAAAGGCAGGGCGGCGUCGCCGUAUCUCAAGUCGAUGCGCCAGCGAAUUCAGGGAAUUGAGGGAGCACCCGCAGCAGCGCAGCAGCAAAUGCAUGACACGCAGAGAAAUGAUCCGCUGAAAGAGAUGCAGCAACAGCAGCUGGCGUGGAUGACACCAGAAGGACCCCUUGGAAGUCCAAAGGAAGCAACAACUGCAGCGACUGGCUCUCAAGAGCCGCUGCAGCAUCUUCAGCAGCAGAUGGGUGAUAGUGCCACUGAGAAUCGGACACUGGAAGGUGCAGAGCAGAAAAACGCACAAGGACGCAUUGAGCAGCAGCAACCGCAGCAGCACCGGGACCAGCAGCGGCAGCCGUCAUCCAGAUUAGCUAGUCCGCUAGAACAAGGAGGUACUGACACUGUAGAAGCAUAUCCAGCAGCAGCAACAAUGUUAGAAGAAGCUGCAACGGGACAUGUAGCCGCAGCAGAAACAAACGCAGCAGCAAAGAGGCAAUCAACAAUGAGCGCGAUGUCAGAAGCUGCUGCUGGAGCAACAGCCUCAGCAAAAUUACCUAACGACCCAUCUGUUUGUGAGUCGGGUUUAGAAGCAAGUGCCGAAGCAGCUAAAUGUGCAGCAGCAGAAGCUGCCACAAAUGACGCAAGCGUUAAAGGUGAUGCAGCGAUUGCUAAUGGCUCCGUGGCUUCCAUUGCUGUAAGGCGGCCGACUGUGUUGGAAUCGAUGGACUUGGGAGAAGCGCGAGCCAGUUGUGCUGUUGCUGUUACUGCAAGUGCCAAUGGGGCAACAAGCCCUUCCACCGCUGCGGCUGAUUCGCAUACUGCAGUGCCUACUUCUGUUACGGCAAUCCUUGCUACUGUGCCUACUGAGAGUGCUGCUCCCUCUGAAACAGUAACUGUUCCGACGCUUGCAGUACCUUCUUGCGCUGCAGGAGGUAAUUCUGCUGCUGCGGCACGAGCUGUACCUGGUGCUGAGGCAUCAGCUGCAGUAAGGCAGCCGGCUGUGCUGGAAAGGAUGGACUCAGGAACGGCGCAAACCAGUUGUGCUGCCACAAUCACUGCAUCUGCAACCACGGCAGUAUAUCCUCGCAGCGCAUCGGCUGAUACUCAUACUACGGUGCCUACUGUCACGGCACUGUGUGCUGCCCCGCCUACUGAGGGUGGUGCUUCAUCUAGAAGUGCAGCUGUACCUACGCUUGCAUUACCUCCGUGCGCUGCAGGAGGUGCUUCUGCUGCUGCGGCACCAGCCCAAGCUACUUUGGAAGACGCUCCUGGUGCCACAGAUGCUGCCACUCGUGCCGCUAUGGCUUGUUCCUCUGUAGACGAGCCCUCUGGUGAUCAACUUGCUUUCGGUCCUACUGCGGUGGUAGCGGUUUCAUUGAAUUCAGCACCAACGGGAUCUACUAACUGUGAAAAGUCGCCCCCGCUGCGUUCGUGCACACAAAACUGCACGCAGCAGCCCCGUGCAACCAGCAGCAGCCGCAGCACAAACUGCAAGAACUGUUGCCUACAGACUCCUUGCGGCGCCUCUACCUUUGCCGUUGCAGCGCCAGUGACGUGUGUAGGCUGCCUGCAACAGCAGCUGCUACUGCAGCAUCAUCAGGUGCAGCAGCACCACAGGUAUUCGCAAGCCCAACCCACUGUGUACCAACAGACACCGGAGCAGCGUGCAGAGCAAAUGCAGCCGGAUCAGUGCAGGCAGCUUCUAGACCUGUCUGCUGGCAUUUCUGUUCACCCAGGAGCAACAGCAGCAGGAGAAGCAGGUCAACAGUCAAGUCAUUCUCAGGCACAACACCGCCAGGAGGCUUUAGGUCGCGAACUGCUGCAAAUACUCACGGCAGCAAUCCAGUCUUCUGCUCGAAGCCGUCGCCACGGGCAAGAGGCACAGAAGAGCCACCAAGGCAGCCGCGCCAGCCAGGGUAGCAAAAACAGGAGAACGAGCCGCAACACGGGACAACAGCGCGCAAGGCAGAAGGCGGACGUUCACAUAGACCAGCAAAAUGCGGAGCAUAGGAAGGAGAGGAAGAAAGACCAAAAGCGUAGAGGAAGAAAGUGGGCCGGUCACGGCAAGCGCAGCAGCAGCAGCAGCAGCAGCUCUUGCUGCUCCAAGGAACAUAGAGUCCUUCGUGUUGCAGAACAUCAGGAAAGCAGGAUGCCCUCGGCAACCCGGGACACGACGGAAUGCGUCGGUACCAACAGACAGGAGCGGAGUCAGAAUCGGUCUGCUUCACCAGUGUCCGCUGCACCUGUCGCAGCUACUGCUACAUCUGCUCCCACUCCUGUUCCCCGAAGUGAGCCAGCAGAGAGGAUGCGGUUAAACUGCUGCAGGCAGCAGCGAAAGGCAUCAGUGCUGACGAGUUGUGAAGCGGAAGAGCAACUCGAAAGGGGCAUAAGGCUGCAACAACGAUGCCGCUUACUGCGCUUGCUGCAGCAGCAACUGGAGCUGCAGUGA